UUACGCGCGCUAGCAGUUGCUUAGUUACUCCUCUCACACACUAAAAACUAUACAAACACACAAACACUUCUCUCUCUCUCUCUCUCUUCUUUCUCUCUCUACAACUCCAUAUGAGUAGUUCUUUCUACCAUUUUUGAAAAUGUAUGUAAAAAAUGAAUGUUUAAGCUAUAACAAAUUGACCCAGUUCAUCCAUAUAUACAUACAUACUUCUCAGAAGCCGAUCUUCUGAUCUGAAAUGGGGAAGAAAGGAAAUGGUUGGUUCUCAUCUGUGAAGAAAGUGUUUAAACAUUCUUCCAAAGAUUUGCCAGAAAAAAAGGAGAUCAAUGUGGAGAAACGAGAGCAUGAAGUUCCAGAAGUUGUGUCCUUUGAACAUUUUCCUGCUGAGAGUUCCCAUGAUGGUACAAAUGAUGAGAGUGGUUCCUCAACUCCACAAUCACAAGACCGAAACCAUGCUAUUGCUGUAGCUGUGGCUACUGCUGUGGCCGCUGAAGCAGCGGUCGCAGCAGCACAAGCCGCUGCUAAAGUAGUUCGCCUUGCUGGCUAUGGACGCCAGUCAAGGGAAGAAAAGGCUGCAAUUCUUAUACAAUCAUAUUAUAGAGGCUAUUUAUCAAGACGGGCUUUGAGAGCAUUGAAGGGAUUAGUGAGGCUUCAAGCAUUGGUGAGAGGCCACAAUGUGAGAAAACAAGCACAAAUGACAAUGAGAUGUAUGCAAGCUUUGGUUAGAGUCCAAGCAAGAGUGAGAGCUCGUAGACUUCAGUUGACUCAUGAAAAGUUGGUGAUUAAGGAGGAUGAGGAAGAGGAAGAGGAAGAGGAGUUGGGAAGAAGAUCAUCAGGAGUAACUGAGUCACAAAAGCUUAAAAGUCCUUUGAAGAAGAAUGAAAGUAAGGGAAGACAUCAUAGGCAUAGAAGUUCAGAAAAAGUCAAAGAUAAUCAAUCAUUGAGACAUGAUCCUGUUAUGAAAAAGGAAAGAGCUCUUGCUUAUGCUUUUGCUUACCAGCAACAACAACAACAUCAGCAACAACUUCUACAAACCAUAACAGACAGCAACGAAUUUGGGCUCCAAACGGAUCCACGAGACAAGGCCCAAUGGGGUUGGAACUGGCUAGAGCGUUGGAUGUCAUCGCAACCCUACACCGGCAACGGACGCCGCUCCGACCCAUUAAGAGAAACCUCAUACGCCAAUCUGGCCACCACUGCCACCACUCUCAGCGACGGCGACGCCGCGUCGGAGAAGACAGUCGAAAUGGACGUGGCAGGAGCUUCAAGGUCGGACCAUAUCAACAAUAUGGGCCUGGACUUUCUCGAUUCUAGCUCUUAUUCGACUCGACAAGUCCGUCAAGGAAGCCCAAAUAAUGUUCCGAGUUACAUGGCCCCGACCCAGUCCGCUAAAGCUAAGGCCCGAUACCAAGGCCCAGGAAGUGUGAAGCAGCGAAGCCCAGCUACGCCUCAGUGGAAUCCGUCGACAAGGAGAGGAUUGGGUUCUGGUGUUGAUUCGUCGAGCUCGGGUGGUGGAACGACGACGUUUUUGGCUAGAACACCAAGCCCAAAGAAUAAUGGGCUUUUAUAUUCGAAUGGAAGACGGGCCGUAGGCUGUGGCCCAGAUUCACCAAGUGGUGGUGGUGGUGGUGGUGAAGAUUGGGGGAUACCUUUGAAUGUUCAUAACAAUCAUCAUCAUCGUCACCAUGGUUGGAGACAAGAUUUUGAUUGAUUAUAAUUAAUUGCGUUUCCAAGCUUCUAUGUUGUUGUUGUUGUUGUGAGAUUGAGAAUGAUAUGAACUUUGUUUGAUAUUUAUCUUUUUUCUUUUUAACUUAUUUGUUUUAAUAAUCUUUAAUCCAAACAAACCACUUUAUCAUCA